ACAGAGGCCUGCUUCCUUGUUUGAGCGAGAAAGUCAUUGGACGUUUCACUGCAUAAUUUCUUCAAAUUUCAAAGGCAGGAACUUUGAUUGGCUACAGCUUUUGAUGUUGGUGCUGGCGCGCUUAGAGUGACUUCUUUUGAUAUUCUGCUUUUAUGGUGGGGGAAGCUAGUAGAUUUUGUGUAGUGUGGAACUUGAAUGUUUGGCGUUUUGUGUAAAAGUGAUACCAGGCCAAUGAAAUGGAGUUACUCCAGUGUAGUGAAAUGUGCGCAUCUACAUUGGAUGAGUUGGCAACAAAAUAUGAGAAAUCAAUGACACUGGAUCCAGAGGUAGUGGACAAUUAUCAGAGGUAUGUGAGAGAAGGCAAAGAUGAAGCCAAAAAUGGAAACAUGACGAAAUCUUUAGAACUUUUCACGUUGGCUUAUGAAAUUCACCCAAGUGAAAAAUUGAAAACCAGAAUCAAAAAGAUAAAAGAAGCCAUAGAAGAAAUUGCACGUCAAGGAUCGGAAAGUGAAGGUGAAGAUGAGUUUGUUGAUGUUAAUAACAGUGGUCUAAUGCUUUUCAAAGAGCUACAUGAUAAACUAUAUGAUCAUCAAAAAGAAGGAAUUGCUUUUUUGUUUGGCUUGCAUAACGAUGGUAAAAAAGGUGGCAUUUUAGCCGAUGACAUGGGAUUGGGGAAAACAAUCCAGAUCAUUGCUUUUCUUUCUGGAAUGUAUGAUUCUGAAUUGAUCAAGCACACUCUUCUUAUCAUGCCAACAACCCUCAUUGGGAACUGGGCCAAAGAAUUUGCUAAAUGGACACCAGGCAUGAGAGUUAAAGAAUUUCAUGGUACUAACAAAGCAGCACGAAAUAAAAAUUUACAGAAAGUUCAAAGAACUAGAGGUGUCAUCCUUACCACAUACCAAAUGAUCAUCAGCAACUGGGAGCUUCUCUCUAGUUUCAUCAAUCUUGAGUUUAGAUGGGAUUAUGUUAUUUUAGAUGAGGCUCACAAGAUAAAAUCUUCUUCAACCAAAACUGCAAAAAGUGUUCAUGCCAUACCUGCUAAACAUCGGAUCCUUCUCACUGGCACCCCUGUACAGAACAAUCUGCGGGAAAUGUGGGCACUGUUUGAUUUUGCAUGUCAAGGUUCUCUGCUUGGUACAGCAAAAACCUUUAAAAUGGAGUAUGAAAACCCCAUAACUCGAGCACGAGAAAAAGAUGCAACUCCAGGUGAAAAAGCUCUGGGUCUCAAGAUUUCUGAAAAUUUAAUGACAAUAAUAAACCCCUACUUUUUAAGAAGAACAAAGCAGGAUGUGCAAAACAAAAAGCAUAAUGUAACAAAUGAACAUGGAAUAAAUUCAGAAGACAAAGAGACCCAAGCCCUCAUUGCCAGUGCUGCGAUGCCAUCUCUUACAAGAAAAAAUGACCUGAUUGUUUGGACGUACCUUAGCCAAGUUCAACAAGACAUCUAUAGCCAAUUCAUAUCUUUAGAUCACAUCAAAGAACUACUGACAACAACACGCUCACCCUUGGCUGAGUUGACAGUUUUAAAGAAGUUAUGUGACCACCCAAGGCUUUUGUCUUCCAGGGCUAUCGCCCAGUUAGGCCUUGAGGAAGGAAUGGACCAGAAUCUGGAGCUAGAUGACCAGACUGCGGGCGGAAUUGACCAUGUACCUGAUAAAGUACUUGUAUCGGAAUCUGGGAAACUAAAAUUCCUUGUAGGACUCCUGGAAAGACUCGUUGAAGAAGGCCAUCGCACUCUUCUAUUUUCCCAGUCAAGGAAAAUGUUAGACAUUAUCCAGCGUAUUUUAGUUAACAGAGGUUUCAAACUCAUGAGAAUUGAUGGUACUAUAACUCAUCUAGCGGAACGAGAGAAACGCAUUGCAAUUUUUCAGACCAAUAAGGAAUAUUCUGUAUUUCUCCUUACCACCCAAGUGGGAGGCGUAGGAAUUACUCUGACUGCUGCCAACAGAGUUGUGAUUUUUGAUCCCAGCUGGAAUCCAGCAACGGAUGCCCAAGCUGUGGACAGAGCCUACAGGAUUGGGCAAAAGGAAAAUGUUGUGAUUUACAGGCUAGUGACCUGUGGGACAGUGGAGGAAAAGAUCUAUAGACGUCAAGUCUUUAAAGAUUCCUUGAUCAGACAAAGCACUGGAGACAAAAAGAACCCCUUCAGGUAUUUCAGUCGACAAGAGUUGAAAGAACUUUUUAAACUUGAGGACACUAAAAUUUCCACAACGCAAAUUCAGCUUCAGUCACUCCACGCAAGACAAAGACGCACUGAUCCUCAGCUUGAUGAGCAUAUAGCAUAUUUGCAUUCUUUGGAAAUGUUUGGAAUCUCAGAUCAUGACCUGAUGUUUUCACAUGAUGCAGCAUCAACUGAUGAUGAGACUGGGGACCACGUGGCUGAUCAGUACAUUGAAAGUAGAGUUCUGAAAGCUCAGGAGUUGAUGAAAGCUGAAUCUGAACUGAACCAACAAGUGAUGGCAAACAUGGAUUACACAACUGAGCCAACAUGGCUUCGAAACCUGGAGCCACCUAAAAGAUUCGACGAGAAACAAAGUAAAACAGAGCAAAGCGUCUCAACGGUCAGUGAAAAUGAUGAUGCAGUUACAGAGGCAUUGGUAGUACUCACUGAAGAGUCUAAACCUGAUGAGGCAGUCCACAAGAUUAGUGCUAAAAUUACUGAUCUUGUGCUAGAUAAUAGCCUUGAAGAAGCUCGAGAGCAUAAUAUUGAAUAUGAUGUGACAAAAGAGAAUGAACUUGCAAAUCAUUCUAAAAAUGAAAUUCUUUUGGAUCACUCUCUACUUGAUGUUUCUUUUGAGGGCAAAAAGGAUGUGUUGAGUACUGUAUCUGAGUCUGAAGAAACUGCUGUUAAAACAUCACCAUCCCUAGAUGAAAAAUGCUUAUCUGUUGAUCUUAGUUUAGAAGAGGAAGCUUCUCUCUUCCUUCAAAAUAAAAAUUUAAAUCAAAUCAAUCCUCAGAACAUUGAGAGGUCUGCAGAAUUUUGUCACAUGCCAUUAAUCCAUGACAAUUCAAUGAAUGAUGAACUGCUCCCUGUCACUUUACCCAACAGUGCAAGAUUAUCUAGUUUUCAGAAAUUGGACUUUGAACAUGAAUACUAUUACAAUGACGCAGAUUCAAAGCUAAGUUUGCAGUGUGAUUUCAAUCUCCAGCUGGAAGAGAGCACUGGUGAUAUUUUGGAGGAGAAUAAUUCUGCCAGCAAAAAUGAAACUGCCUGGCAGCUUCACUCAGAAAUCACCUCAAACACACACAGACCAUCUGAGUCUGAGGAUCUGCAAGUCAACCUUUCAAAGAACUUCUCAAACUUUACUUGCAUCAGUGACGAUAACCCAGUGUCAGAUGAUUCCUUUAUUCAUACAGGAAAGAAAAAGAAAAAAACACAAGUACUGUAUGACAGUGAAGAAGAACAAAAUUCAGACAAUGUGAUAGAAGCCAGAGAGAGGUCCUAUUUUGAAAAACGUUGUUCUGUCAGUAGCCCUUUUGGUGAGCCCUUCAAGGAAAUUGGUGCCUCCACUCCAAAGCCAACCAAAUCUCAGAGUCCUUUUGCUUUGAUUACUUCUCACAGAAAAAGCUUAGGUGGAAACGCGUCUGUGGCAUCCAGAAGGUCUUUUGUGGAGGCUGUUGUGGAAAGCCUAGAGGAGGAGGAAGAUGAUGUGGUUGAAAUGGAAAACUCCAAAUAUUUAUGCAACUUAGGAGAUGAGGAACAAUCUGAUUUUUCUGUAUCUGAAGAGAAACUUUUUGGUGAAACAUUAGGAACAGAAGAUGAGGAGGGGGAGGAGGAGUCUGAAAAAGGAGAAGAUGACAGUGUCCUGGAGGAAUCUACUAGUGAUGCUGAACUGAGAUCCAGUGAAGAAAUGGACUUGUGUGCUCAUGAGAGUCUGAUCCCUCCCCCCACUGAGUCUAAUUCUGAUGCACAGGACUUAGUUAACAAAUCAAGUGACUAUGAAAAUCUAAUUAAAAUAGGAAAAGACCUUUAUAAGGCAGAAAAAUUUAAAGAAGCUUUACGUUUCUUUUUGCAAGCUCUUGAUAUUAAGAGUGGUGAUCCUGAAGUUCAGUUGAUAACUAUACAGCUAUAUCGGAAGCUCAGUGAAUGCUAAUGUUAUAGUUAACUGCAGCAUGCAUAUUUAAAAUCAUAUAUCGCAUGUAAGUAGCCCUCGUACUGUAUUUUUCUCUGAUUAUAAUUAAUCUAAUUUGGCAAAGAUGUUAAAUGUCAUUUUAUGUAGUCCUAUAUCUGUUUCUAAUUGAAAAGUGUCAAAAGAUCCAGCAGGGCUCUAGGCCUUAUGCUGAUGUUGCCAAUUUCUGAUGUAAACCAUAUUUUUGUGCCAUACUAAAUGGAUACCCUAUUUAUAUUUACAAUGUGUAAUAAUUUGCAUCACAAUACAAAUGGCUAUUUACUUAGAUUUUGAAGUUGGACAAUUGUUUUUUCCACCUAAUUUUUCAUGGUUCCAUUCAUUUUAUAGGACUUUUACAUUUGCAAUUGAAUGCAAACCUACUUGUAUUUUGGAACUAAAGGCCAUUAAGGUAUGUUUGUGCAACUAGAUUUUUUAGGUAAGUCACACUAGACGCGUCCUUUGCCAAUACUUAUUUUUUUCAACACAGAAUAGCAAAGUGAUACAAAGUUAACUAUUAUCAAUACAUGCAGUUGGUGAUACUACUAGUGUUGCCUAUGUACUUAUUUUAAAUACAUUAUUUUAAACAUUAAAAUCAGUGCAAGUCUUAGGUUGUAGUGUAAUAAGUAUCAGCUUAUUAAGUUACACACUAGGUUCUUACAAUCCUAGAAACUAAUUGUGGAUGGCUUGUAGAAAUUAAUUAUUAUUAUUUUGAUUCACUGGAAAAAUGUUUUCACUGUAAGCUAUGUCAAGCAAAUACCAUUAAUUGUAGAAAAGAUAAAUGAGAAAAUUAGUUCUGGUGAAUGCCAUGUCUAGUUUAGUAGUUCUUCCCCAUUUUUCAGGUCCCUAAUUUAUAAAAACAUCAGUUGGAAAAAAAUACUGAUCUACUCAUCUGUGUCAAAGUAAAAACUUGAUUGGUUGUUCAUUUCAGAACUUAAGGCUUAUCACAUAUUUAAAUACCCUUUGUCAAACACCAGUGACAUAUCUGUUGAAAUACAGAAUGAGUGCCAAUCUUGAGAUGUGUGUUCCCCGUGUUUAAUAAAUUGGAAGCUUUUGUGCAUAUUAUGUGUCUGUUUUUUGUAACGCUAUCAGUACUUUUGUAUAGAUAAAGCUGUUCAUUUGGGAAAUCUUUUGAAGCUGAACAACAGACUGUUAAUAGUUAAGUUUAUUUUACUGAUGUAGGUAGCACAUGCAUUAAGGUUUUUGAAACCCAACAAGUGGUAAGGAUUGAGGGUUAAUGCAACUCAACUUAAAUUUAUACACACAUUCAAAUGUCGUUUACAGAAAAAAUAACUUACUUAGCUAAGACAUUUAAGAUUGUUUAAAUGGCAUUCUGAGCUUUACCACCAAAAGCAGAUACACGUAUUACACUUGUACAUACCUUUUGUCAUACUUAUAUAUAUCAUCCUUGUGUGUUAUGUUUUUAGUAUUAAAUUAACACACCUUAAAGGCAGCCUUUGUUGUUUUUUUUUUCCAAAAUUACGUGAGUUUAUGGUUGUUUUGUGUAACACCUUGCAGAAUUUUGUGAUGUUUUUCAAACCCAUCUCCAGACACCCCAAGAACACUAACAAGUAAGAAGUCAUAAAAGUAGUCUUAUUGAUUUGUUGUCCUUUUUAAUCCUCACCCAUGCAAACUUGUACUUUCUGUUAUGUUAUUCAUGUUACUUGUUAUUCAUUCUGUUCAGAUGCUAGCGAGUACAUCAUUUGUAUGAAUAAUAAAAGUGCAUGUUUUCCACAACAACA